UUGCUUCCCCCGUUUUCCUUUUUUCCCCCUCUCUCUCCCUUCUCUUCCCUUCCCUUCCCUUCCCUUCUCUUCUCCUUUCCAUUCCUCUUGUGGCCUUUUUUUUUAUUUUCUUGUGUUCUCAUCCUAUAUAUAUAAUAUCUUCUACCAUUCCUAUGUCCUUGUUGUUCUAAACAAUUAUUCCUUCCUCUUGUUGUAAGCGCCGUUUGGUAUUCCAUUGUUCUUUCCUUGCAACAAGCCAAGAAAAAGGCGUCGUCUUUGGGUUGAAUCCCAUCUGGAAGCAGGCCCGGGCGACAAAGGAUGGCGACUGGGGACAUGUUUUCUCGAUGAUGCAUGCCAAUGGUGGGGGAUUCGCGUUCGAGCUCUCAUUUUCCUCGUAAAAAAGGGGUCUUUUUAGUCAUCAGAAGGAUUCUUUUGUUCUUUUCUUUUUCUUUGAGUUCUUGAAUCUUGGUGGAGAUUGUUUUGGGUGGUAAUCUCCCCAUCCUGAGAGUUUUCUAUUAGAUUGCUCUUGGUGGAUUUAGAAAGGUGUUCUUGCCACAAAAAAAGUAGCGAUUUUUUGUCCAUUGUUCUCCGAUUUGGUUGCUAGCUUUUGGGGAUUAUGGGGUUUCUAAGUAUUAUGGGGAAUUCCUUCGGGUGCUCUGCAUCAGGGGAGAGACUGGUCUCCGCGGCAAGAGAUGGGGACCUUCAGGAGGCCAAAGCGCUACUGGAAUACAAUCCCCGGCUUGCCCGGUACUCGACCUUUGGUGUUAGGAACUCACCCCUUCAUUAUUCUGCAGCUCAGGGCCACCAUGAGAUUGUCUCUCUUUUGAUCGAAUCUGGAGUUGACAUUAACCUGAGGAACAUAAGCGGACAGACUGCAUUAAUGAAAGCUUGUCAAUAUGGUCACUGGGAGGUUGUUCAGACUCUUAUGCUUUUCAAAGCUAAUAUUCACAGAACAGAUUAUCUCAAUGGUGGAACAGCUCUCCACUUAGCUGCUCUGAAUGGGCACACUCGUUGCGUCCGUCUUCUCCUUACCGACUAUGUUCCAAGCAUACCUGAAUUUUGGAAUAUGAUGAGGGGAAAAUCAACCCAUGAAUCCUCUAUUCCUGACUUUGACAAGAGUUCCUUGUCUAAACUAGUUAACCAAAAGGCAGAUGGAGGCAUCACGGCACUUCAUAUGGCAGCACUAAAUGGGCAUGCGGAGACUAUGCACUUACUCUUAGACUUGGGUGCUUCUGUUUCCCAGGUCACGGUGGAAGACGGGUCAACAAUUGAUCUGAUAGGUGCUGGAAGCUCGCCCCUCCACUAUGCUGCUUGUGGUGGAAGUGCAGUUUGCUGUGAGGUUCUUAUUGCCAGAGGAGCUAGUUUGGAUGCUGAAAACUCGAAUGGUUGGACUCCUUUAAUGGUAGCCCGUUCAUGGCAUAGAAAUUGGCUUGAGGGCAUCUUAAGUAAUCAACCAGAUCAUCGCGUAAAGAUCCUUCCUUCCCCGUAUAUAUCUCUUCCCCUUAUGAGCAUCAUGAGGAUUGCUAGAGAAUUUGGUUGGAGAAGCACAAUCCAGUCGCCUGCAUGCAUUGAUCCAUGUGUUGUUUGCUUGGAAAGAAGAUGCACAGUUGCUGCUGAAGGUUGCAAUCAUGAGUUCUGCACCAGAUGUGCUCUCUACCUGUGUUCCACCAACAGCACAUCCACCAUCCUGUCUUCUCCGCCGGGAUCAAUACCCUGCCCCCUCUGCCGGCACGCCAUCGUAUCGUUUGCCAAGAUCCCAGGGAUGAGCCCAAUGAGGGAGCUGCCAAGAACGAGCCUCUCCUUGUCUCUCUGCGCCACAUGCCCAGCCGCGGACGGAUCGGAUUCUACUACUCCCAUGGCCACUCAGCUCUGCAAGCCAGACUUCCACUGCACACGGAUCCCUCCUCUGGGUUCCUCCUCGUUCUGGUCAUUGAGCUGCCAAAGGUUCCCCCCCACCAAGCUAUACUCCUCGCUCUGCAUGGGAGUUCCUGAGACGAGCUCAUGCCUGAUGAGAUGCUCGAGGUCUUUGAGGCGAUCGGCCUCUCAAGGGGAGAGCAGUGGGAGAUCGUGUCUUUUUGCCUUCAGCCAUAUUGCCGACAGCAGUUGACUUGGUGCAUGGCCGCGUCAUGUCAUCCUCUUCUGCUGCUGCAUUGCGUGAAUGGUUUGAUAGAAAUAUUCUUAUUAUCUGUGAAUAGAUUGUUUUGUGCUUUUGGUGUGCUGUGUAUGGACGGCAUUUUGCUAGUUGCUUCGAUCACAGUUCUUAUUGUGCUGCGUCGUUGAGCUCAGCUUUGCUGCAACCAUCAAAAUGCAAUUCUUGCCGUUGUGAAUCAGCAAUGUUUGGCUUCAAAGUUUUGGGAUGGCAUCAAUCUUUAUACUGUGAUGUAUGGAGUGAGGCCGAACACAAUUAUAUGAACAUUUACUACUUUGGAAGUGAGUGAACCAUCACAACAUUGUAUCUGUGGCAUCCAAACCUUGGAAUUCAUUGCAAGCAACUUGAAAUA